UUCAUACGGCGUUCUUCCUUAGCACGGUAGCGUUGAACACCUGAAAAUUCUUCACUCUUUUAAAAAUUGUCGAUCACCAUGCUCAAGCACUUGGUGCUUCGUCUAUUAUGUGCGGGGUUAUUCGGUGGUGCUGUGAUGGUUGAUGCAAAUCCUAGGUUGAUGGUGGUAGACGUGGACGGUGGUUUGGACGAUGAGUGGGCCCUUCUGACUCUGCUAAGGGCCCAACAUUUGGGCCUCGUCCGUAUCUUGGCCAUCACCGCAGUUGACGGCAUGACAGAUAUUAACAACGUGUGCGUGAACACUUGUAGAUUGCUUCAAGUAGCUCAAGCUCCUGAUAUUCCGAUGUACCGAGGCAUAAAAAAUAAGGAUCGAGAGACGGACUAUUUGUACCUUUAUGGAAAGGACGGAUUCGGAGAUCUUGACUGGGGUUGGAAACCGGAUUUGAGCCGAGUCAAAGGGAUGAGCGCCAUUGAAGCGCUGGCCCGCCUCACCAAGGAGCAUCCAGGAGAAAUAUCAUUACUUUGUUUGGGACCUCUAACAAACAUUGCAGAGGCAAUGAGGUUACAGCCAGAUAUCGCAUCCAAUCUUCAGGAAAUACUUAUAAUGGGCGGAAAUGACCCCGGGAAAUUUGGGGAACUAGGCGCAGAGUUUAACUUUUUGACUGAUCCAGAGAGUGCCAACGCUAUUCUGACUCAGGCAAAGGUUCCAAUCAUGCUUUUACCCGUCGAAACAUGCCUCAACAUUGAGCUGAAUUUUCCGUGGCGCUGGGUGUCAUUCAAAGACACGCCGAACCCCGCAAUCCAGAUGUUCAAUCGAAUCGAGCGCGAAUCUUUGGUCUUUUGUUAUCUCGAGGAUACAACCUUUUGGGGGUGCGAUUUGUUCCUGGCGUGCGGCUUCAUCAACCCGGGAGUUUUUCAGACGACCGUCGCGACGAACGCCCGGGUUGAGACCGUCGGACCUCGAAGAGGGCUCAUCGUCGCCGACGACACGAAAGAACACAACGUCGUCAUCGUCACCAGGAUCAACAGCGGGGUCCUCAGGCAAGAGGUCCUAAAGUCGGCGGAAACUAUGGAACUCGAACCUGCGGACUGAUUAUUGAAAUUGAUAGACAAAGAAGACAUAGAGAGUACGAAGCGAUCCUAUAGGUAGAACCGGGUGGCUCUUAUAGACUAAGGGAG